AUGCCUGGGAGCCAAUUGACGACUGAGAUGGAGGCGAUGGCGCCUACUCAUGGAAUGUGGACAAACCCUACCUCUCAUAGUAUCAAGCCACGACCGGCUACUAUCCAUGAAGGAUUCGCAUAUAGUAUGGGUGGUGGCUUUGGAACUUUACCAGCGUGGACUCAACCCUCAUUGAACAUCCCGCAGGCGCAACACACCCCAAGCGACGUCAUGUUCCCGCCGACCUCGAUGCCUCACGAGUUCUACCCGCAAACGACAGAUGCAUGGGGGCAGGGACAUUGUGGAGAACAUGUUGAUAUACCACCUUUGGACGAGGAUCUUGCAAUCGGUCAGGCAUUCACUAGUGACGAGGUCGUUCCCAUGGACCUUCAGUAUCAGGGACAUCAGCAGUUGGAAGGCGACCAGAUGAACUACGAUGGCGGAUUGAAUCAGCGCAGAAUGUCUGGAUCGUCGUUCAGCUUGUCGACGUCGGGUGCCUUCUCCGACAUGCCUUCGUACGACGAGUUCUCCGCCACGUUUUCUGACGCGCAGUCAAUUUCCGAUUACCGGCCGACCUCAAACAGGAACUCCUACAUGUCUUCAACACAUCUCUCACCUGUCGCUUCUCCACGUAUGACUCCUCAAACACGGUCGGAUCUCGUACGGACACAGAGCAGAGGCCGCGCCUCGCCUUCUCCCCGGCCUGGAGCGCGCGCUGCUCCAUACAGCGUGGAUGGUGGCAGGAGUAAGAGAUGGUCCACGGGAUCUUACGGUACAGCUGCUAGCAGAAGACCUUCGCCUUUUGUCUAUCAUCACGGAUCGCAAGAGCCCUUCCACUCUCAGCCGCGGAUGCCGACCCACCACUCCUCCCCCACGGUUGCUCAGCCUCAACUACCGCUCAGCUUUGGGAACCUACAGGCAGUACAGCAGAACCCCUAUCUGCUUGGGAGCAAUGGUCCAGUACUUCAGCAUAGUAGCAUGCUUCUUCCGUCGCAAUUGCCAUCGCAUGGGUUCCACCCCGUGCAGCACCACUAUGAGCAGCCGCCUCCGCUGCUUUCUCAUGGAUUCUUCCGUAUGCUUUCGAGCAAUGCGGACCCGAGCUCUCUGCAUCACCACUACGCAGACCUUUCGGAUCCGCCUGAUCUCUUUGCUGCCCUUCAGGAGGAACAACUCGAUCCUCCCCCCGAAGAUAUGAAUCCCGACGAUCCCGAAAUGGUCCCCCACGAGCAGGAGCUCAGGUUCGACGGUGAUCUUUACACCCCUAAAUGGGAACCUCAAAAGAUCAGGCGCAUGGAAGGAAACCCGGAAGUAUGGGAAGGCUUUUGUGGUACUUGCCGUGACUGGGUCGCGCUCGUGAGCAACAAGAAAAAGGGCACCACCUGGUUCAGGCACGCAUACAAGUGUCAUACCCACACGAAGAUCAAAGAGACACCAAAGCGACAAAGGGGGAGCAGUCACACGCGACCAUCAAGCAUGAUCAAAGGUAAAGCCGAACCGCAGAUCUCUAGCCCCCUGGGAGGUCAAAUGCAGGACAGCUCGAUUGCGGAAACACCUUCCUUAUCCCAGACGUCGGGAGAGAGCCAAUUCGAGCAAGCAUAAGAGGAUCAAUGUCCAUCAUUGUCGGCACCAUCAAUCCAGCCUCUGCACCGCUGCCACCCACCGAGCCACAAUCGAAGUU